AUGAGACCAACACAGAAAAAGGGACAUGGGCGCUUCGACCAGGUGUAUGCAAUUCUGGUAGAAAAUACCUUCGAUGAGGAGUUUCAUGCUGAACUGCAGAAACUCUGGUACCAGGCGCACUAUACCGAAUUUGAAGUCGUGAGAGGCAGAAAGUUGGGUGCAGUUGACAAGUACCGUAUCCGACGGAAGUAUCCCCUGCCGAAGACUAUUUGGGAUGGCGAGAAGACAGUCUACUGCUUUAAGGAACGCGCCAGGAGGACUCUAUAUGCCUCCUUUUCGAGAAAUCGAUACCCAAAUCCAGAGGAAAAACAGGCGCUUGCAACGGAAACUGACCUCACAAUGACCCAGGUAAGACAUCAGCCCAGAGGGCGCGAGUCGAACCGAGCAACCGGUGGUCCAUUGUGUUCUAACUUGUUGCUUUCCAUUUGCCCGGUCAGGCUGUCGGAACUUACAGCAUAG